AUGUUGAGCCAUGAGCUGCUAAACAGAAUGCUAAGCCCAGAGCUUUCAUGGUUUGCCGUCUUGCAGUCAAGGAAUCUUGGAAGACGUGUUCCUAAUCAAGGGAAACCUCCAGUUCUACCUCCAUCUAGAAAGGUGCUUUACCAUGUUGUUCACGUCCCGUGGCAAUCUCCCGAUGAUGUCAAAGAGCUAUUGUGGAGACGUCAUGCUUACAAUAACGCUGUAAUUUCGUUGAGGGAGGUUUUCCGUCAAGAAAUACGACAAGCUGAAGCAGCCGGAAGAGGGUUGGAGGCAAUGAAAGAAGAAGAAGAUGCUGAGUUCAAUCGCCUGAUUGCUGAAAAUGAUCGUAUUAAUCGCGAGAAGGCGAAGGCUCGAGAUAUACGGGAACAAACAGAGUGGAAGAAUACGCAACGUGAAAUAUUGAGCGAGAUUGAAGAAGCUUUGCAAAAACAACAAAAAAUGGCCGUCGAGGCCUCUGAAGAGGUUCGAGCAGCAAUUUCUCGUAGUAGUAAUUUUGUGGACAAAACAAACUUAGAAGCUAAGAUAAUAGAAGCCCUUGAAAACCCGACAGUAUAUGAUUUCGCGAUUGAUCGACAGGGUAAUAAGUACUACGAUCCUAAACCCGUGAAAUACCAAGAGGGCGUGCCUACACGACAGAAAGGACGUUUAUUCGACAGGACACUUGGAGUAACCCAAAAAACUGCUGGAGAGGAAGACGAAGGAGAAAAAGUGGCAACAAAGGUACCUUUUAUCGAUGCAGUCCGUAGGGACGAGGAGGAAAUUGAUGCUUUGCACGAGCGCAUUUCUUGGGUUUUCAAAGAACUUCUGGGGCAAAGUGCCUGGAUAAAAUCCUACCAGUACAUAAGGCUCUUUGCAAAAGUGGUGUACUAUUCAUGUACUACGUUAGCGAGUGUUCAAACGCUGGGAGAAGAAUACGUGAAAAUAUUUGAGGUUGGACAUAUGUUCCGUGUUCCUGGUCUGGGGAGCAGAUUACUAUUCGUCUUUCUCCACGCCGUUUUUCCGACCUUUUCGCAGUUUGCCUUACAGAGAGCGGAGCGCCUACUGUCUCAUCCUUCUACUUCACAAUUUAUGGGUAUUUCGUUAAGACACAAUCGAAAGGCUAGAAAUAGCUUCUUAGUAUUACUCAAAUGGAUAAGAUCAACUGGAAUACCUUACUUACACCGUAUUCACAUUGCUCUCUUCUAUAUUCUUGGCAUAUACUACAACAUCUCUCUGCGGGUAUCAGGAAUCAGAUUUUUGUCUCUUAGUCCACAAACCAGUGUUGAGGCUCUUAAAAUAUACAAAUUUCUUGGUUACCUAACUUUGGCACAAACUAUGCUGAAUUUGACGCUAUGGAUAGCCUCGGUAAUGAGUGAACGGAAUAAUCAGAAAUCUAGCAACAGGCAGCAGGAAGAAGCUACUACAGCAACAAAGGCGGAGGAGCAUGAAGUAGAAGAUGACUUCCCACACACGUGGUUUCGGUGCUCCGUUUGCCUAGAACGUCGAUCACCAUCAUGCACUUCUUGUGGUCACCUUUUCUGCUGGAAUUGCAUACAGGAACAUGCAAUGUCGGCUGACUCCGAAGUCCGUUGUCCACACUGCCGGUCUCCUUUCGAGCCUUCGCAAGUGUUACGUAUGUGGAAGGGUGCUGUACGUGGGUUCUGCAAAAAGGCUACGCAACAUCCAGAGGUGUACUUCUCGGGAAUUCAACCGACUGGGGUGCCACAUCUGGGGAACUACCUCGGUUUCAUCGAGCCAUGGAUUGAACUACAAAUUUCACUUCCUUCAACAACGAAGAUGAUUCUUGCAGUGGCAGAUCAACACGCAAUUUCGUUGGGACCAAAACCGGCAGAUGAGCUCCGCUCGAAUAUCCGCCGGAUGGCAGCGAGUUUGCUGGCUUGUGGUGUGGAUCCCUCGCGCACACUGCUUUUCCGGCAAAGCAGUGUUCCUCAAAUAGCACAACUGUCGUGGAUUCUUGGUUCGCUGCAGACAGUCGCUCAACUACAAAGACUACCCCAGUACAAGGAGAAGGCUCUCAAGUUUUCCCGUGGACAAAUCCCCGUCGGGCUUCUGACCUAUCCAGUCCUUCAGUCCGCAGAUGUGCUGAUGUUCAAGGCCACCCAUGUCCCUGUCGGAGCCGAUCAAGCUCAGCACAUGAACCUUCUAGUUGACCUUGCGGAUCACUUUAAUACAAAUUAUAAAGUUACUUUCUUCCCAAGACCUCAACAGGUGAUACGGAAAGUUUCAUCACGAAUACGAAGUUUACGAGAUCCAUCAAAGAAGAUGAGUAAAUCGGAGGCCAGUGCUAAGUCAAGGCUUGAGAUCAACGACUCGGCAGAAGAGAUUGAAGAGAAAUGCCGCAAAGCAGUGAGCGACACAGAAUCGCGUCUCUCUUACGACCCUGAAAAACGUCCAGCGAUCUCGAAUUUGAUUGAUCUCUACUGUGCUGUUUCCAAAAGUGAAAUAAAAGAAGUUGAACAGCAAGGAUGGGACCAAUUGCAGUUGAAAAAAAUGCUUUCUAAAGCGGUAGCAGAACGGUUCCUCCCCAUUCGCGAGAAAUUUUUGCGAUUGGAGCGUGGAACAGAAGUGGAUGAGAUUCUGUUCGAAAAUGGCAGGACAGCACGAUCAAUAGCUGAACAAAACAUGGCCGAGAUUCAGAGGAUUGUUGGAUUUUUGUAG